CGCGCGCCCCCCCCCCCCCCCCAUCCGCGCGCGCUGCCCCCUCACAGCGCGGCCAUGAAGGCGACGCCGCUCUCCAACUGCGAGCGGCGCUUCCUCCUGCGCGCCAUCCAGGAGAAGAAGCGCCUGGACGGGAGGCAAUGCUACGACUACCGGAACAUCCGCGUCUCCUUCGGCGCCGACCGCGGCUGCUGCAUCGUGGAGCUGGGCAGGACCAGGGUUCUUGCACAGGUCUCGUGUGAACUCGUUCCCCCUAAGCCAAACCGGCCCACGGAAGGUGUGCUCUUCUUUAAUCUGGAACUCUCACCCAUGGCUGCACCUGGGCUGGAGCCUGGCAGACAAUCCGAGUUACUGGUGUCACUGAACAGACUAUUGGAACGAUGCCUCAGAGACUCCAAAUGCAUUGACACUGAAUCUCUCUGCGUUGUUGCUGGUGAAAAGGUUUGGCAAAUUCGGCUGGACAUGCACCUGUUAAACCACGAUGGCAACAUCACUGAUGCUGCCAGCAUAGCAGGGAUUGUAGCUCUGUGUCAUUUCCGCAGGCCAGAUGUGUCUGUGCAAGGAGAGGAAGUAACUGUGUACACUCCUGAGGAACGUGAUCCUGUCCCCUUGAGUAUCCACCACAUGCCUAUUUGUGUCAGUUUUGCCUUCUUCCAUCAAGGGACCUAUUUAUUGGUGGAUCCAACUGAACGUGAGGAGCGGGUGAUGGAUGGGCUCCUUGUAAUUGCCAUGAAUAAACACCAUGAAAUUUGUACUAUCCAGUCCAGUGGAGUGGUCAUGCUGCUGCAGGAUCAGAUUCUGAGAUGCACUAAAAUAACAGCUGUUAAGGUGGGAGAAAUAACAGAACUGAUUCAGAAAGCCUUGGAAAACGACCAAAAAGCCAGGAAAGAAGGCGGGAAGUUCGGCUUUGCGGAAUCCAUCCCCAACCAAAGGAUCACUGCCUUCAAAAUGGAGAGUGCUGCUGUGGACACCAAUGACGUGGAAGAACAGGCUGGAGAAAUCAUUGCUAAAGCUGACCCUCCUUCAGAAGUUUUUGCCAAUCCAGUAUUGCACACUCCUGGUACAGCCCAAAUUGGGGAAGGAAUAGAGAGCUCCUGGGGAGACAUUGAAGAAUCUGAAAAGGAAGAAGCAGCGGAAGAAGAGGAAGAUGAAAGUGAGGCAGCUGCUUUUGAAUGUGAGAAAGUAGAAACUGAGGGUACAAGUACACUGAGGGAAACUAAGAGUGAUGAACCCGUCGUGCUGUCUGACAGCGAGGAGGAAGAAGUUGUCAUUCUGGAACCACAGGAGCUACCAAGGAAAACAAGAACACAGACCAGCUCCAAACAAGAAAAUCCAAGUAAGAAAGCAUUUAACAAAAGGAGAAGAAAGAAGAGAACUCGUUAAAGCCAUCAUCCCUUCCUGCAGGAAUGCUGUAUAAUAUGGAUUUUGGUGUACUAUUACUGAGCUUAUUUUUGUAGAUAAUUUUAUUUCCUCCCCUCCCAAUAUCCGGUUCUGCUUUUACAUAUAUGUUGAAAUGAUUGUACACAGAUUUAAAUUAAAAAAAUGGUGCCUGUAAGUGAAA